GUGUGUGUGUGGGGGGUUAUGGCAUCCUCUCGAUCCCUUACUGUCUAAUAUUAUCUCCUUCGUCCCGACUCUUUGAAGGCCAAGGAUUGAGUUCGACAGACAGACCAUGGAUGAUGCUUCAAUCAUGUUCCAGUGCCCCAUCUCAAUGGAGCCAAUGGAGGAUCCGGUGACGAUCGCCACCGGCAUCUCGUACGACAGGGAGUGCAUCGAGAAAUGGCUCUUCGUCUACAAACAGUCGACGUGCCCGGUCACCAUGCGGCGACUGCUGAACUCUGAUCUCAUUCCUAAUCACACCCUCCGACGUCUCAUGUCGUCCUUCCGGGAGACCGCAGGGGGAGGGCCCGCCAAGCCGCCUCCACGCUUGCCCGACGUGAUCGACCACGACGAACUGGUUUCGCUGCUGAAGAACGUCCAAACGGGGCCCUUCAGGGUCACCUACCUGAGAAAACUACGGGCGCUCGUCGACAAGGACGUCGAGUUGCAGAAGGAUUUGAUUCGAUUGGGAGGCGCCCAAGUGUUGGGCCGCAUCAUGGCGUCCCAUGGCGUCGUGGAGUACUGGGACUUGGACGAUUUCCGAGAUCGCGACGAGGCUGUCGGCGUCCUGGCUCUCCUCCCCUUGUCGGAUGAGGCCACGGUGGAGCUCCUAUGGAAGCCCGACUGCGUGAGAUCGAUGAUGGAGAUCCUCCAAAGUGGAACCGCCGAGGCCCAACUCCGCACCAUGUCCAUCUUGAUGAAGGCAUCGAAGACCAACAACGAGUGGACCAACACGGUAGCGGAGGAAGACGGCGAUGUCGUCAAGUCCUUGUUGGACCUUGUGUCCGAUGAAGUCUCAACCGGGCUAACCUCCUCCUCGUUGGACGUACUGCUCGAGAUCGUCGCGACCUCGAAGAAGAACCGCCUGAAGGCGAUCGAAGCCGGCGCGAUCCGCGUCUCGGUCGAGAUUCUGACGGACGCAGACGGGCGCAAGUGCGAGAAGGUGUUGCUGCUGCUCACGAGGCUCUGCAAGUGCCCCGAGGGGCGAUCGGCCAUGGCCGACCACGGGCUGGGCGUGGCGGCGGUGUCCGAGAAGAUACUGCGGGUGUCGAGGCUGGCGACCAAACUGGGCGUCAAGAUCUUGUGGUUGAUGAGCAGCAAUCGGCCCACAGAGCAACUGCUGGAGGAGAUGACGGUGGUCGGGUCGGUGGCGAAGCUCCUGGCCUUGUCGCACAUCGAUGGGCAAUCGUCCUACAAGAAGAGAGCCAUGAGGAUGAUCAAGUUGCAUGGGGCUGCAUGGAGGCGGUACCCCUGUGUUCCUAGCGACCUGAACGACUUCCUGAGAUCGUCUCGAUUCUCAGUAAAUUUUGUAGAGAAAGCAGAAGCUGGAGAGGUUUGA